CCAGUCCAACAUCCAUGGGAAAGUUCUCCCCACUUUUUCCGAUUACAUCGAUUCUUUUUAAAGAAAGCACAAAGUGAGUGGAGCUCUAGAGGACUCAGCUUCUGGGGAGGAGGGGACGUGCGAGCAGAGAGCGCUCAAACCGAUAGCCCAACAAGUAGGAGAAGAACUAGAACUUCAGAGAGAGAAAGGUGGUAGCCGAGCCAGUACAUAAAGUGCCCUAGUACACAAUGAAAGGAGCAGAGGAUGUCCAGAGCUGACUGGUCCUUCCUGGAGCACUUGCUGGAGGAGGGUCAGGAGUACUCAACAAGCAUCGGGCGUGUGUGGUUAACAGUUCUGUUCCUCUUCCGUAUGCUAGUCCUGGGAACUGCUGCAGAAUCCGCCUGGGAUGACGAGCAAGCCGACUUCGUUUGCAACACCCGCCAACCCGGCUGCACGGCAGUCUGUUACGAUAAGGCCUUCCCCAUUUCGCACUUUCGCUACUUCGUUCUCCAGGUGAUCUUUGUCUCUGCACCCACCAUCUUCUACUUUGGCUAUGUGGCUAUAAGGGCCAGAACUGACACGUCCAAAGACGAUGGACAAGAUGGUGGAGAGAGUGUCAUUGAACUCAAAAGAAAAGACAAUGAGGAAAAGGAUAAAAGAGGAAAAAAAUGUGAUAAGGGACCUUUGGAGACCCCAAAGCUCAAGGGAAAGUUGUUGUGUGCGUACACAUUUAGCAUUCUACUCAAAGUCAUCCUUGAAGCUGGAUUCAUUGUUGGCCUUUGGUUUCUCUAUGAUGGCUUUCUAAUAGCAACUAAAUUUGAAUGCACAAGAGCACCAUGCCCUCACACAGUGGACUGCUUUGUAUCACGUCCUACUGAGAAAUCUAUCUUCACCGUAUAUACUCAGGUAAUCGCUGUAAUUUCUUUAAUCCUCAAUCUGGUGGAACUCUUUCAUCUUCUCCAGAUAGCUUUGAUGCACAAUCUGGAAAAACAAUACCAGGCUGAGCAAACUGAGUGCCGUCCUCAACCCAGGCACCUUACAGCUCCACAAGAGGAGAUAGAACUUCAAACUACUCCUACUCGCUCACAUAGUGAUAUGCUGUCUUCACAAGGCGGCGCUACUGUUUACCAGAACUCUUGUGAGAGCUACACAGACUUUGGUAUUGAGGUGAACUGGAGUCCUGAGGAAACUCCUGGAGAUUUGCUUCCUAGUUAUGUCAAUUGCAUGGGAGCAAUGAGGACUAACCGUUCGCCACGGGUCAACUACAAGAAAAAUUUAGACCAUUCUGGGAAGCACAGUAAGGGUGCCCACAAGCAUUAUGUAUGAUGCACACAGUUGUGUUGUACAAUAUCCAAUAUUUGGAAAGCUGGGUCAAUGUGUAAAAUGCAAAUGAAGCAGCACUAUGAAACUUUUCUGUUGGAGGGUCUAGAGAACUUGGAAUGUUCCACAAUAUGGGAUUAUACUUAUUUUUGACUCCAUGGUGACAAGCAAAGUUACAGAUCAGAUCUGGUGGAGUGGCAAACCUGCUCACAGUAACAAGGUUUUUCAAGGUAUUUUUAAACAAUCAGAACCCCUGUAAUUGAAAAAAAAAAAUCAAGAUACAUACAGUACAUAAUGCAUAUGUAUUACUUGUCUAAUUGUUAAUUUUAUUUUAAUGGGGAGGGAAAAAAUGUUUUGUUGUCAGUAUUUUUAUAAGUUAAAUUGACUUAUUUCACUGAAGAAAAAAAAAAAAAAAAAAAAAAAAUGCAUUCAAACAGCUUGGCCUUUCACUAUUCUGUUUUAGUGUGCAUUUUACACAUUGGCCCAAUUGAAUCUCACAUGGAUAUUUGAUUUUGCUUCGGAACGUUCCACUUCACUUAUAAAUGGUGCACAUGACACUGGAGGAUCACCACAGGCCUGGAGCUCCAGAGAAAGGAGAAAUGAAGAAAAAGCUGGAUGCCCCACAGGCUGGCAGACAUUCAGCGAUGCCUUUAGUAGAUAAAUGGACCUAUUCAAAGCUAACAUUUUGAGAAGGCUCCCCAAGGCAAAGAAUGGAAUAAGCUUCAAUGGGAGAAGAUUGCAGUCCUAAGACGUUUUCAUGUUACAUUUAAUGGCUUUUAGAGUUGAAUGUGACAGCGGAUAGAUGUGUAGAGGGGAAGGCCUUUGAAGGUGCAGAGGAUAUUGGAUUAUGAAAUAGUGGUGAGUUUUUUGUUGUGCUACUUUGCGACAGCAUUUCACCUUAAAUUAUAAUCGCCAUGGGUAACAAUACAAAUCUUGAUGAGGCUUUUUCCAGUUGAUAAAAUCGCAAAGUUCUGAAUAACUUUUUUUGAUUUUACUUGCCCCAACAUGAACUAUGAACUAUGUAUUGAGGACUAUCUAUUAGAUGGCUGGGCAAUAAUUUACAGAUUUUAUUUGGUUUAAUUAAACACAAAUAAAAGGCUUUCGAUUUCCAAAAAAAUAAACAUUAGAUCACAAAACAAAUGUCCAAUUUAGCCUUAGCUCCAAAAACAUGAUUUUUACCUACAGAGGAUUGGCUGUAGAGCUUGAUUAAAAAGACCCAAGGAUACAGUUUUUUAUACAAUUAAAUGUUGAACUUGCUUAAAAAUGGAUAGAUUGCACUUUUUCUUGAUUUACUAGAGAAAGCCUGUGAACACAUUCAACUUAAUGUCAUAGAAUUACAUUUAUGCCAACCCUUGUGCAGACUUCUAAUCUGAUCUCCAUGUUACCAGCAGUAAAUAAGCUCGGACCUAUUAGUGACUGCGUGUGGACAAAUGACCACAUCAAAUGGCUUGGUCAAUAUUGUUGUUUUAUUAUUCCACACUGAACAGUCAGCCCCCGUGAGACUUGCACUGUAGUUUGAACCCCCCUCUUUCCCAUGGUUCUUGUGUCCACAGAGGAAUGUCCCAGUAGGCUCUGGACCCUGUCGUACUGUUUAAUGAGUGCGUGCAUGCAUGCUCACUCACAAUCACGUGUUUGCUUUCACCCAGAGAAAUUAGGAACCAAGUGAGAAAAGCCAUUGCAUAAUUUUCUUCAAAAGACAAUGGAAAUGAACCAUGCAGUGUUAGAUGGGCUUGAUAAGGUACAACAGCUAUAAACUAUGCCUGUAUUUAAGAAAUAUUUUUGUAAAUAAUCUAUAUUUAUUGUCUUUAAAAAAUGAAUAAAUGAUUCAUUUUUAUGUAA